AUGCCGCUCGUAAAGGCAGAGACUGAUGAGAGCUUCGUGGCUGAGGUGGCUGAGAACGUUGGCGGCGCUUGCGCUCGCAUGAAUGACCACAUUUCAAUUAUGAUAGAGGAGUACCUUCGGCGGCGAACGCAGCAGGUGCGCGAUGAUGCCAAGCAAGAGCUUGAUGCGGUGUGUAAACAGCUGGAGCGAAGGAUUGCGGACGCUGAGGCGGCGAAGGCAGCGGAAGAGGCGCGUCACCACAAGAAGAAGGCGCAAGUGAUGCAGGCCGCAGUGGAAUUGCAGCAGAUGCACGCAAACCUUCACCUCGAGCGCCUCUUUCACAUAUGGCGGCGCUGUGCUGAUGUUCGUCGGGAGCGUCGCCGACUCGCCGAGGAGGCUCACGUCUACAUUGGGCGGCUUAGCUUAUUUCACGCGUACAUGCAGUGGCGCCUGUUUGCGGCAGCUCUUCGCCAGAAGCGGCUUGAGGCAAAGGAGGCGCACAAGCGCGACUGCCGCGAGCAGGAGCUACUCGGGCAGAUUGAGGGGUACCAGAGGCAAUUGGAGGAGGAGAGAGCAAAGGAUGCCAGCUUGAAUGAAAAGCUCAAGGAGGCCUUUCUGCGGGGCAUGUGCGCCUUGAACCGAGAGGCCGUGCAUGUACUUCACGGCUCCGAAGAGAAUCAGGACGCGGAUGUGGAGGCGAUUGCAGAAAUCCUUAGCCGUGAGAGCCAUUCACGCCACCGCUCUGUGACGCCGGGCCACAUGGAUAGUUCCACUCCGAGCAACUUGCACGCCCACGGCGUCUGCCCGGUGCACCACAUUGAUGCGAAAGGGAACUUUUAUCAUCCCUGCUUUUCCCCGGGGCACUGCGAGUAUGAUCGUCACUCAGGUUCGCGUGCCCCAGUAUCUGCUGCGGUUCCACCGAGUGCAUCAGGCCCUUUUGUGGUGCGUGCAGAUCCAAAAAGCGCUCGCUCAAUCGACAGCAGCCCGCCAGUGCCGUUCCGCCACCUAUCGAAGUCAUCAAAGACACAGUGGAGAAUGUAA